AUGCCGCUGCCGUGCCACCAACCUCCAGAUCGGCGGGGUGAGGACGGGAAGAGAAGUUGCCGGACAACCGGAGUGGAAAAUCACGGUGGUCAACACGUGUAACUGCCCUCAGAAGCAGGUGCUUCUCACAUGCCGAGGGUUUGCUCCUGUGAAUCCUGUCAAGCCAUGGCUACUUCGCCCACAAGGAAACGCGUGUCUUCUGAUUAAUGGAGAAGUUUUGCCAGCUGGAGCCACAGCUGA